AUGUCCCGAUCAUUGACAAACGAUCUCAGUCACUCCACCCGGCCUCUAGACUACCCCUCGUCCAUCAACGUCAAGAAGGCCGCCAAGCUCAAGGGCUCGCCCUCACCCUCGCGACUCAGUCCCGGCCUCGGAUCAAAGCAUCGCUCCUCGCGACUCAGUCCCGGCCUCGGAUCAAAGCAUCGCUCCUCGCAGCACCGCUCCCUCCAGCAGCGCAACCAGCGCGGCACCGCCUCCCCCAGGCUCUCUGUCUUUUCGGACGACGAGAAUACACCGAGCUCGUCCAACGACGGCGACGGCUACGACGACGACGACUACGACGCCUCAUCGGCGUCCCACCACCACCAUCUCCCCGGAAUCAAACUACCCGUUCCAACGCGCAGCAUGCAGCAGGCGCCCAAGCACCAGCGCAUGCCGCACAAGAAGGCCUCCAAGGCAGGGCCCAAAAAGGAACGCGUCCGUCGGGAGCGCAAGUCGGCGGUGCGGAAGCAGCGCUUCGAUGAGCUCGAAUCCGACUCGGACCUCACAGACAUCCCCUCCAGCGACGAUGAGCCGUCAGUCUCCCGCGUCGACAAGGGAAAGGCCAGGAGCAGCGAUCUGGCCCUGUCCGACUCGGACACCGAGAUGGAGAAGAAGCUCCUCGAGGCUGGAGACGGCGAGUCGCUCCUCGGCUCCGACGGCGAGGAAAACGAGCUGGACGAGUCGCGAUUCAUCAUUCGCGACGCCCUCAAGAGGGAGGCGAGGGCGCGCGCAAAGGUGCGCAAGGAGACGACGGGCCAGCAGUCCAGCAAUGGCCAGGAUUGGAGCAGCCGAGGCGACACCGAACACCGAGCAAGAUCCUCGACAAUACGUCGACGCUCGACUGCCGGAGGCGGAACCGGCGGCGAUCCUGCCAACGUCGCCAACGAGGCCGAGGGUGAAGCCGAUGUCGAGGACGGGGAGGACGAGGCGGACGCGGACCUCCUCUCGCUCUCGCCCGACGCCAUGAGGCUCUACGGCCUUCCCUACGUCGAGGAUGAGAUCUUUGAGGAGCAGGAGGGCUUCCGCACCUCGUCCGAACCUUCCUUCACCGACUUCUUCGAGACCUCGACGGACAGCGAGACUGCGCCCGGAGAAGCAAUGCGCGACGACGACGACGAGUUUACCACCGAUUCCGACACCGACGAGGACAUCAGCGACCUCGAGAGCGGAGUCCUCGAGGCCCCGCUGAUCGCCCAUGUCGGCACCGCCCAGGAACUUGCCGCCACGCAUGGGGAUGCCGCCGCCGACGCCACCGCCGCCCAGCCCGAUGUACCGCUCCUGGUGAUCGAGGACCUCGAUGGCCGGCUCAUCUAUGCACGCGCCGGCGAUGGCGAGGCCGUCUUUGGUUCCGACGGCGAGUUCGAGUUUGUCGACGACACCGACGACGACAGCACCGACUACGAGUACGACGAGCACGGGAAUCGUGCCCUGCCCAGCUGGGCCUCGAUGGGCAUGCUCGGAGCACCCGAGGACGACGGCGACACCACCGAUGAGCUGCCCGACGAGGACAUGCCCUACCCGCGCUUGUUGGUCGGAUCCGUCGCGCCCCGUGGAGGCCGCAACUCGCGGCGGGCUCGCGCACUUGCGGCCAAGUCUCGCAUGUUGUCGCCCGCUAGUGGCCUGCAGAGUGGCCUGCCGUCCCCUUCGACCAAGGAAACCGCCGAGCUGCUAGCGUCGCAGAGCGCCGCCGACACGGUGGCCGAGACCGGCGUGGCGACUCUCUCGGGUCCCGCUGCCGGGUCCGCGCCCAGUGCAGCCGGCAGUGCCUCGGCUUCGCCUGACCAGCCGCCGCUCGAGGUGGACCUGACCAUUUCGACCGACGACCUGGCGCGCGACCCGGAAGGCACCUUGAGAGUCGCUGCCGAGGCGCUCGGUCUCACGCUCGAAGAGGCCGCCAAUCUGGUCGCAGGGGUCCAGCUACCUUCCACGAUCACCAGCUGCGAGGCAAGCGCUCCGUUGGCUGGCUCUUCGCAGCAUCAUCGACGAGCCUCCACUGACGUCGCCGCCACCGCUGCGGCCCCGAACGCCUCUGGUCAGCCUCCGCGGACGCCAGACGUCCCCCGCAGCGCCAACUUCGUCAAGCCCGAGAUGGGAUCGUUCAUGCCCACCUCAUCCAAGUCAAUCCACCGAGCUGUGAUUGACGGAUCGAAAAAGGCCCCGUCGCCCUUUUCGGGCAAGAGGAGCCUGCAGAAGAAGGGCCUGGCCAAAAAACGCACGGCGGCGCGACGCAGCUCGCUCAACGACCAGCUCAGCAAGCGUCAGCGCCGCUUCUCGUCGACAAACGACGGCGCCUCGACCAUCGAGGAGCUCAGCGAGGUGGCCGCCUCGUCGCCAGAGCCGGAGCCGGUGGACCCGAUGGACCUCGACGAUGUGGUCAACGCCAACAUGCUCUGGCGCGGCAACUCCUCCAAGUCUCCCUCGCCCGAACCAUACGGCGGCAGCGCCACUGAAAACGAGGGCACUUCGACGAUGCGGUCGGCGCAGGCAAACGGUCGCCCCGGCCUCAACCUCAACGCUUUUGCCCGCUGGGACAAGAUCCCGAUGGGCACCUUCCGCGACUCGCAGCGGGCAUCGUCGGCCUUCGGACAGAGCCAGCACCAGCAGCCGCUUGGUACGUUCCUUCUGACGCGUUCCCACGGCCGCUCGCAGCGGCGACAGGAGCACUCGCCCUUCCGGACACCUUCGGCCGCCGCUGGCGAUAUGGAGAUGUUCUCGAUGAGCCCCAUUCGCCCUCAACACCAGCUCUCCGCCAACGACGAGGCCGAGGCGGGUCAGGGCGGGGGCCGCCGACGACCAUUUGUCAUCUCUCCGGUGCUCUUCCCCACCCGAUCCGGCGACAUCGCCAGCGCCAACGGCAGGAGCACAGUCUCGUCUCACGGGGCUUUCUCGCUGGAGCGCCAUGCCAGCAUGCCACAGGGCCGCCUCGGUGGUGUGGCAUCGGUCGAGUCGGCCUCGAACAACAGUGCCGGACCCGGACGGAUCACUCGCCGGGAGAAGAGGGAGCGGAAAGCUCGGCGUGCCGCCCUGCUGGCUACGAGGGCCGACAACAACGACGACGUCAAGUCGGUGAUGAGCGCGCAGAGCGAGCCCUCCCGCUCUCCUCAUCCGAUUACGCCGCAGCUGCCGGAAGCCGGCUUGCAUGGCCUCACGACCAAGGACCGCAGCGAUUCGCCGGCCACUGCUCUGCCGCGCAUGCGCAUUACCGACGCCUCGCCCACGCCGCGUGCCUCGCCAGCGCCAGCCCCGAAUCCGGCACCCGCGACCUACGCUUCCGUGGUCGGCAUGGGACCACCUGCCGCCACGGCGGUCCAGGGCGCCCUCGACCCGUCGUCUGCAGUUGGUGGCGAUAGCAGCAGCAGCCCCGUCGGCGGUCUGGCUGCGCGCUCGCAUCUCGGCCAUGUCCAGGAGGGCGAGGCGGUGGGAAGCAGAGCUAGCCUGUUGUCCAGCUCAGGCGGCCUGCCGUCGUCUGCGUGCAAGACCCCGCUCCACUCGCCGCUGUUUGGUGGCAUCUUUGGCAACAUGGUCGACGACCUCGACGACCGGGAUGGCGAGAACGCUCUCAGCAUCUGA